UCCUGUCCAAGUCAUGGGGGCGACGAUGGGCCAAUGUGGAUGAGUCGAUGCACACGAGCCAAUGCCGAUGCACCAACGUAGAUCGACCGAUGCAGAACUCGACAUUGACAGUCCCAUUGGACAUUGCCAGAAAUGUGUUGUCAUGGGAAACCUACGGUUGAUCGUUUGGGCAGUUGACACACGAGGAGUGGGGAUGUGUGCUAUUGCUACAGAUCGUGCAGACGCUCAUCAUCGACAUCGAGCCCGACGAGGUGGUCAAGCGCGCCAUGAACGACAUCAACGCGGCGGCGCGGCGGCGCGUGGCGGCGGCGGAGCGCGCGGAGGCCGAGAAGAUACAGCAGGUCAAGCGCGCCGAGGGGGAGGCCGAGUCCAGGCACCUGGCCGGCGUCGGCGUCGCCCGCCAGCGCCAGGCCAUCGUGGACGGCCUGCGCCGGUUCGUGCCCGACGAGAAGUCCGUCAUGGACAUGGUCCUCGCCACGCAGUACUUCGACACCAUCAGGGAUAUCGGCGCCACGUCGCGCGCCGCCACCGUGUUCAUCCCGCACGGCCCCGCCGCGGUGCACGAUGUGGCUGCGCAGGUCCGCGACGGCGUGCUCCAGGCCGCGGCGUACAACCCCUACGCCGGAACCAAGUGACCGGCCGCCGCACGGCCACGGUGCCUUUCCGCCCUGUCUUUUCUUGCUUCUUGGACAUGUUCAUGUGUGAAUUCGAAACCUGACCAUCAGUGUUUGUACCUUGUGUUGAACCUUUACUUCAGUAGGCGAAAUACCCAAAUUUAUACUUCGAGGUGUGUAUAUACGUACAAAACAUAGGAAUAUUUUAUACAUGAAAAAACAAGUUUAGUAGCUUAGAAGCAGAUGCUUAUCCACCAGCAUUGUUAGUCUAUCUCCCGCAGCUUCAAUGUCUCAUUUCUCAUCUCGCUUUCUAUUCUAAACUUCACUCUACAAAUAGUAUUAUAUACAGUGUAAAACAGUGUUUUGCAUAAACAUGAAUGACUAAAU